UAAAGAUAAAAGAGGCACAGCAAAAUAUAGUUGGUGCUGGGCUAGUUGCUCAUUUUAUUAAAUGCCACCCGUCCCCCCUCUUUUUUCAUUCAAAAUCUGAACUCAACCCCCACUUCCCAAUACCCUUCCCACCUUCCUUGCUGCUUUCUUUCCUUCUUUUCUCCUUAUGUAGUUUUUUCAUUUUCUUGAGAGAGAGAGAGAGAAAGAUAUAUAUAUACAUAUAUAUAUAUAUAUAGGGUUUCAAGUACUCAUUAAUGGAGGAAAAGAAGGAAGCUCUACUAGGAUUCUGAAGAAAAGGAAGCUUCCUUUUGAUUAAAAGAGAGUCAAGAGGAGCUAAAAAUGAGCACGGCAAGAUUCAUCAAGUGUGUCACAGUUGGUGAUGGAGCUGUCGGAAAGACAUGCAUGCUCAUAUCUUAUACAAGCAAUACCUUUCCCACAGUAUGAUAGAUUAUGUUUCAUAACAUGACUUCAUACUGUCUUUUAUACAUCCAGGAUUAUGUGCCUACCGUAUUCGACAACUUUAGUGCUAAUGUGGUGGUUGAUGGCAGCACAGUUAACCUUGGACUAUGGGAUACUGCCGGGCAGGAGGAUUAUAAUAGGCUGAGGCCUUUGAGUUACAGGGGUGCAGAUGUUUUCUUGCUGGCCUUCUCACUCAUUAGCAAAGCCAGCUAUGAAAAUAUAUCUAAGAAGUGGAUUCCUGAGCUGAGGCAUUACGCCCCAACUGUGCCGGUAGUCCUUGUUGGAACCAAACUUGAUCUAAGGGAAGACAAGCAGUAUUUGAUUGAUCAUCCUGGGGCUGCAUCAAUCUCAACUGCUCAGGGUGAAGAGCUCAAGAAGGCAAUUGGCGCUGCUGUUUACAUAGAGUGCAGCUCCAAGACUCAGCAGAAUGUUAAGGCUGUGUUUGAUGCUGCAAUCAAGGUUGUUUUGCAGCCCCCAAAACCGAAGAAAAAGAGACGGAUCAAGCCAAGGCCAUGCACACUCCUCUAAAUCUAAUUCAGUAAUUUUCUUCCUGAUAACAGCCACAACCUAGCCCUCACUCCCAGUCUUCCUCUCCUGUAUGAUGUUUCCGAUUCUUUUUUUUUUUUUUUUUAAUGCAUUUUGCUUCUAUCGAGUGAGUAAUUAUUGAGCAGUCUCAAAAUAUGGAUAUGCGGUACUCACAAUCUUUCAUAGUUCAGAUGCCAAUGACAACAAGAAUUAAUGCAUGUUUGCACACACAAUUAGUUUAGUGUCACGGCAUGUUGUGAUAGAUUAAAAUUGACACGUGCAAUAUCAUUUUGUAGUUCAAGACUACCUAAUAAGUACUCCACCAUGUAAUGUUUCAUAUCUGUCAACAGUAUUUGUAAGAUACCGUACAACUGUAAUAUCUGUGAACAGCUCAGUGUAAGAUACCUGGCCUUGUAUAUUUUGUAUUGUUGCACCAUCAACAAUUUAAGUUUUUGGAAGCUACUGUUGGACAAUGAGCUGGAGGACCCAUUGAAAAUAAAUCAUGGUACUCUUUAAAUGCUUGACA